UAACUUUUUCUGUAAGCACCAACCCUCUCAUUCAAACCCCCCCCCCCAUUCCUCAAUCCUUUAUCUGAAAUGGUUUCAUUCACUUCAAUUUCUCAAGGAGCUAACCUUCUGCUCGCUGUCUCUUGCUUGUUUCUCACUGCUUCCAACGCUGCUCCUACCUCCCCUGCUCAUACCAAGAGUCAUGUCAAUAUCACUUCUGUUGAAACCAAAGCUGAUCUCCCUCCUCUCAUUAAUAGCCGUACAAAGCCUGCUAAGGUCCCUUCGGUUGACUUCAAUUCUGAAUCAAAAUUUGCUGCCAAAAACGUUGAGUGGUAUAAUAAGCACGGUGGUAAUUACAACUUUACGAAGCGUGAUGAUGAACAAGUCGGUGGUAUGCUUAUGGAUCUUCCCAAAGAUGGUGUACCUGGCUAUCAAAAGACUACCAAUUCUAAUGGUGUAGUUCAAGCCUCUGCUAGUCAAGUAAAUGAAUUUACAAAAUAUGCUGCUAUUGCUUCUACUGCGUAUUGUCGUAGUGUUGUUCCCCUUACUAAAUGGGACUGCAAGCAGUGCUUAAAAUAUGUUCCUGACGGCAAACUUAUUAAGACGUUUUCUUCCUUAAUCUCGGAUACAAAUGGCUUCAUCUUGAGAAGUGACGCUGAAAAAACCAUUUACCUUGUAUUCCGUGGUACCAACUCCAUUCGUAGUGCCAUUGCUGAUUUGAAGUUCGACUUUGUAAACUACCCUAAUGUGAAAGGGGCCAAAGUUCACAGAGGCUUCUUACAGUCUUACAAUGAGGUUGUUGCUGCCUAUUUCCCUGUUAUUCAGGAUCAGCUUACUGCUUUCCCUAAUUAUAAAAUUAUAGUCACAGGUCAUUCACUUGGUGGAGCUCAAGCUUUGCUUGCUGGUAUGGAUCUCUAUCAACGCGACUCUCGAUUCUCUCCCAAGAAUCUUCACAUCUUCACUGCUGGUUGUCCUCGUGUGGGUAAUCCUGACUUUGCCUAUUAUGUUGACUCUACUAGUAUUCCUUUCUCUAGAUCUGUCAAUGAAAGAGAUAUUGUACCUCAUGUUCCUCCUCAAGCUUUUGGUUAUCUUCAUCCUGGUGUUGAAGCAUGGACCAAAUCAUCUGGAAACGUUCAAAUCUGUACUGACAAUAUUGAAACGGAUUCGUGCUCCAAUACUAUUGUGCCUUUCACAAGUAUUACCGAUCAUUUAACCUAUUAUGGUAUCAAUGAAGGUCUUUGUCUCUAAAAAUUUCUCUUUCUCUCGUAGUUUGAUACUAACGAAACAGUAUUAUCAGCAGUUUUAUCUGAAUAAUAUAUAUACAUAAUUCUAAACAAUGCAUGGAAAAGAAAGACCAAUUACUAAAAUUCAAUCCUGACAUCUAUUUCGGUAUCAAGUACAAAGUUAAUUGCAAAGUCAUGUGUAGUUUUUUUCUUAAAAUUCUCUACUCUUACGAGCCAUAUGCGCCUGUACUAACUAGUUUUUGAGUAAAG